AUUUUAUAAUCAUUUCAUCACCAUUCAAAGAGAGCCAGAAUACCUGUGAUCGAGCUCCGAGUUUAAAACAAACCAAACAUGAAGACAACCAUUGUUUUCCUUAUGUUGCUGGGCAUCACUUGCCUAGCAAUAAACUCAGUGAAGGCUUCCAGUUCGAGUAGUUCGAGUAGUUCGAGUGGAUCGACUGCUGAGGACGAGGAAACCUAUAAUGGCAGCAACAAUGAAGAUCAAGGAGCUAGCGAUGACGGUGAGGAUGCUGAUGGAGAAUAUCAGACGUCCGAUUCUAAUGAAGACGAUGACGAUGACAGCGAAAGCAACGAUGAUGUGGAAGAAGACCAAGAUGAAGGAAGUUCUGAAGAUAAUGAGUCAUCAAGUGACAGUGAACCAUCGUCUAUAGAUUCGUCUUCAUCUACAAGAAAGUCAUCACUGAUUUGGCCUGCAUAGUUAUAAGAAAGUCACCACAUAGGCCUACACUGAUUUGUCGAAUUAUCGUACAUGAUAAGUUGCCGUUUCAUUUAUGAUAGAGUCUAUAAAAAUUUACACAAUUGGCCAAAUAUGAUAUAUCAACAUAUAAAGAAAAUUUUAUUUUUGGUGUUAGUAGCAGUUCUUCGAAAUUUCAAAGAUUUCAUAAAUACAUUUUCUAUUCUUUGAAUCAUUCAUGAAGUUUUUCGAGAAGAACUCUGGUCAAAAUAUGAAAUAAAAUCACCGAUGAUAUAGAAAUACUAAUUGUGUCACGCCAUGAUAACAGAAAAGUUCAACAGAGUGUAUGACCCCCCGCCUGCCAAGAAAAAAAAAGAUGAAGAAGAAAGAUGGAGAUGAGAGUGAUAUGAAAAAAAUGUAAACUACUAUGAUUCCAUGGCGAAUGCUUUUGGAAAUCAGGAGGAAAAGAUAAAAUAAAAAGUUCAUGAUAGGAUAACAAA